GACACUGUCAUCAAGUCCGGGCUGAAGCUCAAAGGCGGUGACAAAAGCAGGGAAGUCGGUGUCAAGGCUGCGAAAAAGAAGAAGAAGUCUCAGGAGGACAUUUUGACUGAGCAGCUUCAGGCCAGCGCAGAGCAAGAGCUACAGGAGCAAUCCGAGUUGAUGAAAGGAGCCACACAAGGGCCCACCACAACGCAGAAAACAUUUCAGCUGGCGAGGGAGAAGCGCACAAAUCAGCGUGUCAAUGAGGCGAUUCAAUACACGCACCGUCAGCGCAUGGACAAACUCAAUGCGCACUUGGGCAGCCUGUCUGAGCACUUCGACAUCCCAAAGGCAUUUUCUGGCCUAUCCAUUGUACUUCCAGAUGCUUUCGAUGGAGUCCUGCUUCAGGUUGUGCUUCCAGGAGCAGCUGACCAGACUGACGUUGCCAUGCCGCACUCUAAGUCUCUAGAUGCCAACAUGCCAGUACGGUUCAUAAAUCUGCAUGAUGACGGUAACAUCCUGAAACGUGCAGUGGCCGAAGUUUCCAAGGAGAAGAAAGCCCAGAAGAAGCUGGAGAAUAGGACAUCGCGAACGGCGUCCAUAUUGAGCAGCGUUUUUUCAGAGCAGAAGUACCCGGAGCCUGUCUACUUUCAAAGUGUUGACUGCGUGGGCAUUCCGAACUUCCUGUCGCACAAGGAGUGCGCAAAGGUUGUGGAGUUUGCGGAGUCGCAAGGGUUCAGUCUGCAGAACAGACAUCGCGUCCUAAACAUGAUGUGGACCGACCUCAUCGAUCCCUUCUUGGCGGAGGCACUCUGGGAGGUUUGCGGCCUCAGCUGGUUCUUGCGCAAUUUGAGCAUCGAUGGCCAGGUGCCAUGCGGUCUGAACGAUGUAAUCAGAAUCCAGAAGUAUGGCCCUGGUGGCUUGUUCGGCCGCCACACGGACCAGCCGGUAAAGCGAGCAGAUGGGAGGACUUCAAAAUACUCACUGAGAGUGUUUCUGAACAGCAGCGCGAGCAAGGAGUUUGAGGGUGGAUUGAGUGCAUUCCAUGUUGCCUUCCGCCCGAAGCCUGUGGUUUUCGAGCCCGAGGAAGGAUUGGCUCUCAUCUACCCGCAGGGAGAGUUUUGCCAGGUGCAGGAGGAGAUGGAGGUUCACAAUGGCAAAAAGUGA